CCCCUAAUUCUUUGGCGAUUUUCAGCGGCGCAGCACUGCCUGAAAUGUAGAAAAUAUUUUCGGGUACUUUUCUCACGAUGAUGCGGCUUUGCCGUAGAAUCAUAUCUGAGGAAUUGCCCGCCCUGUACAGUUCGCCAGUCACUCGUUUGCAUCAUUUGUUUUCUGCUUUCAGUCCGAUCGUCAUGGCGCGAUUGUCUGCUGUGUUAGUGCUCUUCAGCAUGCUAGGCGCUAACCUGGCCGCUGCAUCGCCCGUCUAUGACCAGGAGCAGCAAGAGCGUGACGCGACCUGCGAUAACAACUGCUUCUUUGGUAGUUUUCCGGGUGGGUCCUGCACCAACGAUGCAGCAUGUAUGUGCACGCAGCAGAAGUACCGCGAGAAAUACUUCUGCUGUAUGGCGGAGAAGUGCGCUGCCUCGGUCAUGCCCGAUUCCAUCACGCGACAGACUUCGGAAUGUGAAGCUAGAAACCUGCCGUUCACAUUUGAUGCUGAAGCAGUCUGCGGCAUCAAGCUGACUACCUCCUCCACCUCCUCUGCCCCGGCCGCAGUUACUGUCACAGUCACAAGUGAUAGCCCAUCUUCCACUGUUUCCACUACGUCUUCUGUGGCUUCGGCUGCAGACACCACCGCAGCUACAUCCUCGAGCAGCUCGGGGUUGUCAUCUUCCAGCAGCCAGACUGGUACGGGCGGCUCGACACCAUCGCCCACUGCCAAUAGUGCGCCAGUGGAGAAGGCCAUGUUGACGGGCAUUGCAGGCCUAAUCGUGGGAGUUGGAACGUUCUUGCUUUAGUAGAUGGAACAGGCUUGGUGUACUAAAUUUUCAAAUUAGCCUAGUCUCAGUCCGCACAACAUAAUAGUAAUCCUAAUUGCUCGAUUCUGACCUUUGCACGCCUUCAUGUCCUGGAGCCUUCAUGUCCUUGCGAUUGACAUAAGUUCUUGAAGAGAUGAGAGCCACGCUGCAGAUUCUCCUCGGCCUGAAUACCGUUGCAUGGCUUGUCGGCUCUAGAGCGGAGAGGGCCAGUAUGAUGUCGGCUUGACUAUGCAAAAAGUACUUCUUUGAUGCCGCAGAGCAAGUAGCCAAGUGGAUGCCAAGCCCUGAAAGCUACGCUUCAGGGCUCAUUAUGCAGAAAGUACGAACCUGUAG